AUGGUGCUGUCUUCAAAGCUCGGGGUUGCGCGCGUGUUCUGCAGUUUCAAUGUCAUCUCCUUAGCGCUUCUCGCCUUCCAAAAUGCUGGCUACAUUGUACUUAUGGGCUACGCGCAGCAGCUGCAGGACAUGCGGCGGACAGCGGGUGAGCCUCCCGUAAAGCGUCUCGUCUCAACGCAUUUUCUCGCCACGACGGAGUUUGCGAAGCUGUGCAUGUCGAUCGUGUGGUGCAUGGUGGACGUGCUGCUCGAGAUGCGGGUAGUGGAGCUGGAGGUGCUGCUCGAUGACGUCGAUGUGGAUGCUGAUCAGUGUCCAGAAGACAAGAACGCUAUCUUUUUCGAAGGCGUAGACGCAGCAGAAGGCAUGAGGAACCCCGUCUCCUCCACGAACCCUGUAGCGGCUUUUCCCGCGUCGCCCUCUAAGCCUGUCGUGUACGACGACUACCUCCGCUGCCGCCUCUUCGCCCACCCCACCUUUUCGGCACAGUUCGUUUCCCGCAUGCGCCAUGCCGUCGGCCUCGAUGGCAACUACAAGGAGGCGCUGCUGAUGGUGGUGCCGGCGGUACUGUACACCAUCCAAGGGCUGCUGCUCAUCUUGGCUCUGCAGCACCUGGACCCGACGGUGUUCCAGAUCCUCUACCAGGUGCGCAUCCUGUUCCUGGCGAUGAUGAUGCGCGUCGUGUUGGAUUUUCGGGUGUCGCCGGUCCGGUGGGCGGUGCUGAUGGCAUUGACGGUUGGCAUCAUCCUCGCGCAGCUCUCGAUGCAGCGCCUGGAUAAAGAAGAGGAGACGGAGCAAACUCACCGGUCGUGGUCGAUUGAGGGUACGCUGGCCGCCCUCGCCGGCGCCCUCCUCAGCUCUUUUACCGGUGUCUUUACGGAGUACGUUUACAAGAAACGCGGCAACCACUUCGCACUCUCCGCUCGCAACAUUCACCUCGCCUUCUUCUCGCUCGUGUACUUUUCUUUUGUCUUUGCGCGCGAUAUCUGGACGGCGGACGAGAAGUCGGACACGAGCAGCGGACUCGGCGGCUUCUUCGCGACCUUCUUUGACGGGUUUACGGGUCUGGUGUGGUUUCUUGUGGUGCUGCAGGCGAUGGGCGGCAUCCUUGUCGCGCUGGUUGUGCGCUACUGCGACAACAUUGUAAAAUCCUUCUCGACUGCCUUUGCCAUUGUGCUGAGCGGCACGGCGUCGGUGUUUCUCUUUAAUCUUCCGCUCGAGCCGAUGUUCCUGCUGGGUUCCUUCCUCGUGAUUAGCUCCAUCACCGUGUACAGCGUGAAGAGGUGA